AUGGCCGAAAGGUGCAUAACUCAUUCAUUGGAUUUCCAUGCUCAACAAACUAGGUUAUCGUACGCAGAUGGAUUUGAUAAGAGCCGUUAUUGGGGUAACUUGUCUCCUUAUCAUCCAGCAGAUGGAUUCGGUGUUGAAUAUAACGAAAUACCCUCAGACUGUAAAGUAUCUCAAGUUCACAUUUUACAUCGACAUGGUCAACGGUUUCCCACAUCAGAAUUCGAUGACGGUGGAAACACCCAACGAUUCGCUUACAAAGUUAGAAACGCCUCUGUUAAUGGCAUACUCGGCGCAACAGGUGCACUAGCUUAUUGA